AUGGUUCGGGAGCGGAACUUCCCUAACGAUCUGAGGAGAGGUUUAGGUACUGUUUCCAAUUUCCCUCGUUGGUACAUUACAGGUUCCACCCUCACUCUCUCCCUUACGCUGUGCUCUACCUCUCGGGCUAGUUUCAAGUUCGAUCAUAGACGCAAGCAAUCUAGAAGUCCUUCUCGAAAGAGUCAUCUAAGGCUUUUCGACUUCAACUUGCCUUUAAGCCGGCCAGGCCAGUCUGCUUCUUUGAGUGAGGACUUGCUCGGCCCAGCUCGGUUCUCUCACUACCCGAAAUCCUUAUCUUAUCUAAUCUGGAUCCGGGCAUUUACCUUAAGAUCCAGCGCCUGCAGAAGUAAAGUGAUAGGAGAAGCUGCUGGUGGGAAAUAUCUAUUCAUCACACCCCUCUCACCCGAGCCUCCUGGAAAUAACCUUGGUCUCCAAUCUGCAGAUGAGUGUCUUCCCUCUUAUCCCUUCCCCAUUGUUUGGGUUUAA